AUGAAUCCAUCUACAAAGAAGAGGCCCAAGAAUGGAGUGGUUUCCAAGAUGCAAGAUGAGAAACUGCAGGACAAGAUAAAUCAGCCUGUCAGCAAACUAAUUGAGAGGAACCGACUUAAAAUGGUAUUAAAAAACUUGUCCCUCUUGAAGUUACUCAAGAGUUCAAAUGACCGGAUCCGAGAACUGCAUAGCCUGGCCAGAAGGUGUUGGAAUUUAAUAAUCAGAGUUCCAAAGAUCCUCCAAAUCUCCUCUGGGGAUAACAAGGUGAAGGUGAAACAAAAGAAUGAAGAGCUGCAAGAUGUUCUGGCCCUGGUGAAGAAACCGGAAUCCAGGAAAGCAGAGUCCAUAGAGAACCCUAAUGAAAACCUGUCAGAGGAGCGGAAACCCACGGAAGGGUCAAAGGGGUCGCCUGCAGCAGCAGCACGGAGAAAAAAGCAGGCAAAGCCUAAAGUCCCCAAGAUAGCAAAGAAUCUUGGGUUGCUUACCAGAGCCCAGAAGAGGAAACCACAUGUUAAGGAGCCCCGAAUUGUCUUCCUGAAGAUCUACAAUCACAGAACUCCCAAGAUGAACAUGAAACCACUGGAUGAAACUGACCAGUUGGUCUGGUUUGAGGGGCUUCCCACACGCAUCCACCCCCCAGGGCGCCGGAUCAUGUGCAGAUCAUCUGCCUUACGACGCGUCAAGCGGCCCUGUACCCGGUUCUGCUCGGUGUCACUUUGA